AGACAGGCUUUCAGGGUUCUUCACACUGUAGCACUUACCUUUGGCUUUAAUUCUCCAUAAAUGUCCUACACAAAACUCUACAGCAGACAGUGCCUGUACAUGCUAAGCAAGCAUUCUGCCUCUGAGCUAUAUCUUCAUACCAGUGAUACUUCCUCUGGGAUUCUUGAUAGAGACUGCUUCCAGAAUAAGGACUAAUGGAGCCAGAAACCUUAGAAAUAUGUCCUUAUGACCCAAACCACAGAAUGCCAGCCAGCAGGUUACAGUACCACCUGGCAUCAUGCAGGAAGAAAAAUCCGAAAAUAGCUAAAAAGAUGGCUAACUGCAAAUAUAACGCUUGUCAUGUGGUCCCAAUCAAAAGGCUCAAGGAGCACGAGGCUAACUGUGUCAACAGAACUUCUGUGGAUGAUGAACCAUUUAUUCUUCCAAAGUUUACUUGCUCUAGUUUGGAUUCAAAUGAGGAACUUCCUAAUACUACAAAUCAAAUUCCUGACCCCGAUGUCUGGAAUGUAGAUACCAUGCAUCAUUUUCCAUCAUUUGUCCUUAAGGAUUUUGCUCCAAAGAUGCUGGUUUGUGAAAGUGACUCAAAAGACCUAAUAGCUAUGACUAAUAAGCAACUUAACAACUAUAAGUCCUGGAGAAAAGGUAAAAUAAACUAA